AUGAACACCACCACCAAUCCCUUCGCCCGCUCCGACUCCUCCCAAAUUAUCUCCUUCGCAUUCUCCUCCAGCAUACUAAACUCCCACCUCCUGGGCCCCGAUCGCCAGCCGUACUACCGCGUCUUCACCGACAGCUUUGGCGACGCCACGCAUAUACUUUCUCAAGGCCGCGAAAUCGCAUGUAUCAGAUGGGAGACGAGGAGCAUCAAGUUGUCGAGCAUAGCAGGAGGGGUGGACAGCACGCCGAUCUCGGAGUGGAUAGCCAAAAGUCCCAAUCCUGGGGCGAUAGGCCUGAGAUAUAUGAGCUUUGACGGGGUGAAGUACGCGUGGAUCAGAAAGGAUAACCGCUACUCCCUCUACACUUCCCUGAAAAUGGGCGCGACACCCGUCUGGAUGGCAAGAAUCACCAACGGAGAAGGUGGUGAAGUAAGAGUUGAACUGUUCGCAGAUAGUAUAUGGAGAGGGCUGCUGGACCCGUGUGUUAUUGCGGCCGUCCUUUUGUUUAGUGGUCGAGAUAUUGACUAG